UUGAUGGAAAACUACACCUUCAACAGCCUCACGCUCCAGCUGGAGGGGCUCAAUGUUUCUAAAGGGUAUCUGUACCCUGCCUUUCUGUUCAUCUUGUUCUCUUACCUCUUUAUAAUUGUUGCAAAUGUGGGGAUUGUUGUUCUGGUUUUUAUUGACAAGAACCUUCAGCAGCCCAUGUACCUUCUUCUGUGCAACCUGCCCUUUAAUGAUAUCCUUGGGAACUCUAUCUUAGUUCCUCGUUUGCUCAUAGACAUACUGAGGCCCCCCUCUGAGCGCCUCAUCAGUUAUCCAGAGUGUGUGCUGCAAGCUUUUACCACACACAUGUUUGGGACCACCUGUCACACGGUGCUCAUCAUCAUGGCUUUUGACAGAUAUGUGGCCAUCUGUAACCCCCUGCGCUAUGCGUCCAUAAUGACCAACAAGAUGGUGAUCAAGCUGACCGUUUCUGCCUGGGGAGUGGCCUUCGUUAUGGUCGGGAUUCUGCUGGGUCUGACCAUACGGCUGAACCGAUGUAGGACUAUGAUUGAAAGCCCUUACUGCGACAAUGCCGGGCUGUUCAAACUGUCCUGUGAGAGUGUGUUCAUUAAUAAUGUGUAUGGCCUCACGUUCACUGUGGUUCUGUUCACAUUUUCAAUCGGCAGCAUGGUGAUCACCUACAGUAAGAUCACUGUGGUCUGUCUCACCAGUAAGAGCCAGUCUCUGAACAGUAAAGCCCUGAAGACCUGCAGCACUCACCUGGUUGUGUAUCUGAUCAUGAUUUUUAGUGGAAUGUCUAUCAUUGCUCUGCAUCGCUUCCCUCAGUACUCAGACUACAGAAAACUUAGUACUGUUUUGUUCCACAUCGUCCCCGGCAGCCUGAACCCCAUCGUUUACGGUGUUCAGUCCAAAGAGAUACGCAGGUUUUUCUCCAAUUUAUUUAGAUCUAAGAAAGUUUUUGCAUUAAAAUAA